CGCUUGCUCCAGAUCGCUGGAUGCUGCAGGCGAUUUACUUACCGAAUUUGGUCCCGGUAAGGGUAAGUCGCGACCUCCACUCGCUCCCGGUUAAUAAUAUGAUAGAUCGAGGUUAAUGAGUGAACAAUAGCGUGCAGGUAAUUGGUUUUAAUAAACAAUGCGGCGUCAUAGGUGGUGAAAGUGGACAGUUUUGUAGCUGAAAAUUGAAGAGACUUUUAGAAAUGAUUGGGCAAAAAGCUUUUGUGCAUUUCCUGUUGUUAUUAUCCAUGCGGUUCCGGAUACUGCAAGGACUGCCAGAUAUAAUACCUAUUGGUGGCCUGUUCCAUCCCAACGACGAUAAACAAGAGUUGGCCUUUCGAUAUGCAAUCGAGAAAAUUAAUAGCGACAGGACGAUUUUGUCCCGCUCGAAGCUUCAGGGCCAAAUCGAGAAAAUUCCCCCGCAGGACAGUUUCCAUGCAUCGAAGAAGGUGUGUCACUUAUUGAGGAACGGAGUGGCGGCCAUAUUUGGGCCGCAGUCCCCGCAUACGGCGAGUCACGUCCAGUCAAUAUGCGACACUAUGGAAAUCCCACAUCUGGAAACCCGCUGGGAUUACCGGCUACGUAGGGAAAGCUGUCUUGUGAAUUUGUAUCCGCAUCCCACUACACUAUCCAGGGCUUACGUCGACAUCGUUAAAGCGUGGGGCUGGAAAUCCUUCACGAUAAUUUACGAGAACAACGAGGGACUCGUUCGUCUUCAGGAGCUCCUUAAGGCCCACGGGCCCUACGAGUUUCCUAUUACUGUACGUCAGUUAGGAGAAGUAAAUGACUACAGACCUCUACUGAAACAAAUCAAAAACUCCGCUGAAUCACACAUCGUACUGGACUGCUCGACGCCGAGGAUCUACGAAGUGCUUAAACAAGCUCAACAAAUAGGCAUGAUGAGCGACUAUCAUAGCUACCUAAUUACUUCGAUGGAUCUGCACGGCGUCGAUUUGGAAGAGUUCAAAUACGGAGGCACCAACAUAACUGCCUUCCGUUUGGUAGAUCCCGAGGGUCCGGAAAUCAGGCGGAUCGUACGCGAUUGGAAUUACGUUUCGAUUGAUACGAAUAAUAAGAAAGGAGACCUCACUACCGCUCAGUAUAGGGACAACACUACUUUCGUCAAGGCGGAAACCGCUUUGAUGUACGACGCGGUUCAUUUGUUCGCCAAGGCGCUUCACGAUUUGGACUCGAGCCAGCAAAUCGAUAUAAAACCGUUGAGCUGUGACGCCGUAGACUUCUGGCCCCACGGCUACAGCCUAAUCAACUAUAUGAAAGUGGUUGAAAUGCGUGGAUUAACUGGCGUGAUCAAGUUCGACCAUCAGGGAUUUCGUAGCGAUUUCAUGCUGGACAUUGUCGAACUGACCAGGGAGGGCCUGAAGAAAAUUGGAACGUGGAACUCCAGCGAGGGAGUGAACUUUACCCGCACUUAUGGGGAGGCGUAUUCGCAAAUCGUCGAAAUAAUUCAGAAUAAGACUUUUGUCGUGUCCACUAUAUUAAGUUCGCCGUACGUAAUGCGUAAAGAGGCAAGCGAAAAGUUAAUAGGAAACGCCCAGUUCGAAGGAUACGCCGUCGAUCUGAUCCACGAAAUAUCUCGUACCCUCGGCUUUAAUUACACAAUAAAAUUAGCCCCUGACGGCAGAUACGGAUCGUUAAAUCGCGAAACGAACGAAUGGGACGGAAUGAUUAGGGAACUUCUCGAUCAAAAGGCGGACCUGGCCAUAGCAGACUUGACGAUCACGUACGACCGAGAGCAAGCGGUCGAUUUCACGAUGCCGUUCAUGAACUUGGGCAUCAGUAUCCUGUAUCGGAAACCCAUCAAACAGCCGCCGAAUUUGUUCUCAUUUUUGUCGCCUCUAUCGCUUGACGUCUGGAUAUACAUGGCCACCGCGUAUCUUGGAGUUUCUGUGCUACUAUUUAUAUUGGCAAGAUUUACCCCCUAUGAGUACACCUCUCACCCAUGCGAGAAGGACGCUUGCAUUCGUGAGAACCAGUUUACCCUCCUCAACUGUCUCUGGUUCGCCAUAGGGUCACUGAUGCAACAGGGAUGCGAUUUUUUGCCCAAGUUCAGCCCUUACGAAUGGGACAACCCGCAUCCAUGCAACAGCGAACCGGACGUCUUGGAAAACCAGUUCACCCUGCUAAAUUCCUUAUGGUUUACCAUCGGUUCUCUCAUGCAGCAGGGCUCAGAUAUUGCCCCCAAAGCAGUUUCAACGAGAAUGGUCGCAGGAAUGUGGUGGUUUUUCACUCUGAUCAUGAUAUCUUCUUACACCGCUAACCUUGCCGCUUUCCUUACGGUUGAACGUAUGGAUUCGCCGAUAGAAAGUGCAGAAGAUCUGGCCAAACAGACUAAAAUCAAGUAUGGUGCUUUAAGGGGUGGAUCUACGGCGGCAUUUUUUAGGGACUCGAAUUUCUCCACCUACCAACGGAUGUGGGCCUUUAUGGAAUCCCAAAGGCCAUCGGUGUUCACGUCGAGUAACCAAGAAGGCGUCGAGCAAGUGGUGAAGGGUAAAGGCAGCUACGCCUUCUUAAUGGAGUCUACCACCAUAGAGUACAUAAUCGAACGCAACUGUGAACUGACCCAAGUUGGCGGUAUGUUAGACUCGAAAGGAUAUGGAAUUGCUAUGCCUCCAAAUUCUCCCUAUAGAACGGCAAUAAGUGGGGCUAUCUUAAAACUGCAAGAAGAAGGGAAAUUGCACAUACUCAAAACGAGAUGGUGGAAGGAGAAACGAGGUGGAGGAGCAUGCAGGGAUGAAACCACCAAAACCAGCAGUACCGCCAACGAACUAGGUCUAGCCAACGUCGGAGGUGUUUUCGUGGUGCUUAUGGGCGGCAUGGGCGUGGCGUGCGUCAUAGCAGUCUGCGAAUUCGUCUGGAAAUCCCGGAAAGUCGCGGUGGAGGAACGGGUCAGCAGCAUCCUCCACGACACGUAGCUCUGAACUAGAUUUUGUACUGUAACAUAGCGACUGAUCAGGCUCUAACUAUUAGGAUUUAUCAGGCAUUAUCAUAAUCUAGUGUAAGAAUUAUUUCUCUUGACAAUAGAUGGGUAUUAACAGUUGUUGAUUGUCCACUAAAAUUAAAAAAAGAGUCGUGUAGAGAGGCCAUGAUGUCCUAAAGUGGGAUAAGUACUGGAACAUAAUCAUUCAUUCAUUAUUUAUGAGUCCUGUAUGUGUUUGAGGCAUCGUAAUAUAAGAAACAUUGGUUAAAUUAGAUAUGCAGUUAUCAUUAAGCAUAAAUUUCCUUAUUUUUUAAUUCAAGUAAUAAAGAUUCUUGCCCAAAUAAUCAGGAAUUUCUCGACGUAUAUUUAGUAACUUUCUUGUUAUUUAUUUUUUGUCAUAGCAAUAAUUUUCUAGUCAUAUUCCAAUGGUAUAUGUAUAUGUUUUUUUCUCAAUAAACCUUUGAAAAACACACGA